UCAUUUCUGAAGUGUAUACUUUUUUCUCUAAACUCUUAAAAGCUUUUAUAGUCAACAGCAACAACAGUAGCAUAGUUUGUAAAUGGUCCCCAUGAGUAAAUAUGGCCUUUUUAAUAAUACAGCACAAUUGUGUAAUUCAUAACUAAAAUUAUUUCGCAGACCCCCUGGCUAAGAUUCACGGACCCCAUUUUGAGAACCCCUGACAUUAGUCCAAUAAUGAGGAUAAAAAUAGUGUUCCUGGGGAUGUACCUUCCAGCAAAGUUCACCUUAAACCCUAAUCAAACACCUGAACCUGCUAAUCCCAAAAAUGAGAAGCAGGUGUAGGAGGGUAGAUCUCCAGAAACAGGGCUGGUAACCACUGUUUUAGUCCAACCUAGUAUGAACAUUAUAUAGGUUAAAGGUAAUGUAUGAUUAGCAGCUAAUAGAGUCCAUACGGUUUAUAGUAUUACACAACUUUAGUUAUGUGUUUACUCAGUCUCAGCAGAGACCUUUGACCCUGCUGUCUAUUGGCAGCCCCUCUUUGCACAAUACAGACAUUGUAUUCUCACAGGUGUCUUAGUGAACAAGGUGUUGGAGACCACCGUCACAGCCAUGGUAUUUGAGGAGGGUAGUGUGUUUCUGGACUUUGUUCAGGUGCUCACCAGUAACCUGCUGUGCGCAUGCGCACUGGCAGCAGUCGCGCUGAUGAUUGUGUGGUUCAUCAGAGACUCUACUCGCAUCCACAACAUCCAUGAGAAGCACGUGUUGGUGACAGGGUGCGAUAGCGGUUUCGGAAACCUUGCAGCGCGGCAGCUCGAUCAGCGGGGCUUUCGCGUCAUCGCCGCGUGUCUAACGGAAUCUGGCGCCUCCCGGUUGCGGGCUGCCGCCUCCCCCACACUGAGGACGCUUCUGCUCAAUGUUACCGACAGCGCGAGCAUCGAGAGCGCGCUGGAGCGCGUGCGCAUCGAGACCGGAGAGAGAGGUCUAUGGGGCUUGGUGAACAAUGCUGGUAUCUCAAUCCCCAUCGGUCCCACAGAAUGGAUGGAGCUGGAGGACUUUAAGAAAGUUCUUGAUGUAAAUCUGAUGGGCGUCAUUGAGGUGACCCUGAAGUUUCUUCCUCUCCUGAAGAAAGCUCGAGGCAGGGUGGUGAAUGUUGCCAGCAUACUGGGCAGACUCUCUCUCAUCGGAGGAGGAUAUUGUCUUUCUAAAUGGGGCGUGGAGGCAUUUUCUGAUAGCUUGAGGAGGAAUAUGUGUCACUUUGGCAUCAGGGUAAGUAUCAUUGAACCAGGUUUCUUUAAAACGCAAGUAACAGAUCUUGGUCUGAUUCAAGAGGAUCUAAAGAAACGCUGGAACGGUCUUCCUGCCGAGGUCAGGAGAUCCUACGGAGACUCAUACCUGCAGGAAUAUAUGAAGUUGCAGGCGUUCUCUAUGGGUAUUUAAGGCAGUAGUGACAUUUCCAAAGUGACAUCAUGUAUGGUGCACGCUCUGUCGGCUCGUAAUCCUAGGACGCGAUAUGCAGCUGGUUGGGACGCUAAGCUUUUUUGGAUUCCUCUUUCAUACAUGCCUACCCGUGUAGCAGACU